UGGAUGAGGUCGACGUUCCGCUUUGUGUGGAUUUCUAAGUAAGCGGGAAGGCUGUCGCUUCGAGAAGUGUUCCAAAAGUCGACCCCGAAGUGAAUCGUGCGAGUGUAACGGUGGUGUUCAGAGUGCGAGCAUGCCGAGGCGCCUCUCACACGCCAGGUGCGAGACUCAAGGAGACUGAGAGGGUGUAACGGGCAAAAGGAGCAGAGCGUGAAAGGAUGAGGUGGCAGCGCCGGUAUGCGUGAUUAGCGCAGUUUAAGAAGACGCUACCGUUCGUACCAGAUAUGUGAGUUUUAAACUGAGAUCAACUGAUUUGAGACGAGGGCCUAUACUCCAGAAAGAGGAGAAUGUGGUAUUGAAUGUGUGUUUCUCAAGUGCUGCUGAGGCCAUGGAGCAAAGAACAGAGCUGAUCAAAGAAGAGGAUUGUGAGUGGGAGUCCGUUCCUGCUACAGUGGCAGCUCUCGGUGUGAAACAGGAGACCUGUGAGUGGAGGACUGGUGAUAUUCAAGACAGGGGUUUUGAACAGGGGCUUGUCAUUGUCAAAAUAGAAGAUCCUGAGCUUCUGUCUGUUUUGCAAAGCGGUGCAACUGGAAACAGUUUGAAGGAAGAUGAGUCUUUAGAGAAUGAGUACAGCUUAAGCGAGCAUCUGGAAGUUAAACAGGAGAUGACUGAUUUUGAGUCUAUGCAGGAGACCGAUUGUUUUUCACAUCAAGAUUCUCUUACAGUGAAGACUGAAGUGUUGGCAUCCGAUGGUGGGAUAAAUGGCAGUUAUGGCAGAGAAGAACAGGAUCAACUCUCAUCUGUUCAUCAGCUUGAGAAAUUAGAUUUUCAAGACAAAGGCACUAGCACCCUACCUUUCCUGGCCACUCAGCAACAUGAAAACAUAAGAAAAUUGAUAGUCUUGUCGGAAAGUAAGAAUCUGAGCUCACUGCAUGGAAGAAGAUUCUCUAAUGUGAGUGGUCUUCAGAAGCACAAGAGAAGUCGCACAGGUUUCUCAAUCAGAAAUAGUCUUCAGAGACAGAGAAGAAUUCACACAUUAGAGAAGCGUCAUUGCUGUCCUGAAUGUGGUAAACUCUUUUCAUAUGUAAGCAUUCUUCAGAGACAUAUGAAAAUACACACUGGGGAGAAGCCGCACUGCUGUUCUGAAUGUGGGAAACUUUUCUCCCGUAUUAGCAAUCUACAGACUCACAUGAGGAUUCACACUGGGGAGAAACCGCACUGUUGUUUUGAAUGUGGUAAACAUUUCUCACGGUUAAGUAGUCUUCAAAAACACAUGAGGAUUCAUACUGGGGAGAAGCCACACUGCUGCUCUGAAUGUGGUAAGCGAUUCUCAUGCAUCAGCAGUCUUCAGAGACAUAUGAGAAUUCACACUGGGGAGAAGCCACAUUGCUGUUUUGAAUGUGGAAAGCAAUUCUCACAAAUAAGCAAUCUUCAAAAGCAUACCAUAGUUCACACGGGAGAAAAACCCCAUUCUUGUUCAGAGUGUGGCAAACGAUUUACACAAAUAGGCAGUCUUAAGAUACACAUGAGAAUUCACACAGGAGAGAAACCACACUGCUGUGCCGAAUGUGGGAAAUGUUUUGCCUGUGUAAGCAGUCUGAAUAUUCAUAAAAGGAUUCACACCGGUGAGAAGCCGCACUGCUGCUCUGAAUGUGGGAAAAGAUUCUCACAACUGGUUCACCUUCAGAAUCACAGACGAAUUCACACCGGAGAGAAACCGCACUGCUGUUCUGAAUGUGGAAGACGGUUCUCAUGUACAAGCAGUUUGCAAAGACAUAUGAAAAUUCACACUUUAGAGAAACCACAUUCUUGUUCCGACUGUGGCGAGCUGUUCUUAAGACUCAGUGAUCUUCACAAACACUUCCGCAUUCACACUGGGGAGACUCUUUAUUGCUGUACUGAAUGUGGGUAUCAGUUCUCAAAAAAGAACAGUCUGCAGAGACAUAUGAGAAUUCACACUGGGGAGAAGCCAUACAGCUGCUCUGAGUGUGGGAAGCGGUUUUCACGUAAAAGUGGGCUUCAGAGACACACUCGGAUUCAUUCAGGAAAAGCUGUCCAGUCCGGUCCUCUACAUGCCCAGUAGUCACAUAGAGGUUCAUCUUCAGCUCUGGGUGUUGGGGAACAUCUGUUGUGCUGGUAUUAAUGCUUGCCAAGACCCUGAGGUCCUUACUGGCCUCUGUUUAACUCUUGCUACAUUUACUGUGCUGGCAUUUUUGUUUUUUUUCUCCCUAAAUUAAUAAAUUAUAAUUUAUACUUUAAAAAUAUUGUGUACAAUAGGGAAAAAUCUGCAUGGGAGUUUCAAUUUUUAAAUGUAGGAAGGGGCAUUUGCUCAAUAGCAAUUCAUUUCUUACACCAGUGGUUCUCAAGGUGAGUCCCAACAUUAAGGCCUAAGGUUUUUCUUAUAUACUGAACUCAG